CAACUAUUUUAAUUCAAUUUUCUAUUUUUAUUUUUAUUUUCAAUUGUUUUUGUAGCAAUUGCAAUGCAUAGUGUUCUCCUUCACUUGUUGCACUAUUUUUAAUUUUUAUUUUUAAUUUUUUUUACUUUAAUCUGAACUUCUAUUUGAUCAUUUAGGAGCUCAAAUUUUUAUAAUUAUAUAUAUAUAUUUACAUUAUAUAGUUUUGACCUUGUUGUGAUUGAUGCCCAGUUUAAGAAAGCAUUGAUUUUUACAGUUGAUUUAUUAGGUGCUAUAAAUAGUUGCAAUCUUUGCAUCCAUGGAUGGUGGAAAUCUUUGAGAAAUUGGAUGAAAAUGGUGGGGAUUUGUGUGUUGAUUCUGUUGAAAAGCAUUGAAUAAUGCUUACAAUGAUUUAGGGCUUUAAAUGCUUGUCUUUGUAGGAGCAAUGUGGAUUAAUUUGGAUUUUUAGGAUAAAAACCCUAACCCUAGUUGCACAAUGUCCUGCUCCCUCCCCCUUACUUUCCAAAGGAGUUGUCUUCUUUGAAAGUUUUGAUUUUGAUGCUGGAUCUAGGGUUUUAGAGCAUCAUAAUCUGCAGAAAUGGCUCCAAGAUUGGAUUUUUCAGAGUGGUGGGCUAAGGAAGAGAGGAAGGGAACUCCAUUGGUGGUCACCAUGGAGAACCCUAACUACUCUUUGCUUGAAAUCCAAUGCCCUGAUUCUGAGGAAUUCCACAGUGUAGGCAAAGCUAAGGGUAAGAAUGCCAAGCAAUUCACUUGGGUUCUUCUCCUCAGAGCUCACCGUGCCGUCGGUUGCCUUGCUUGGCUUCUCAGUGCUAUCAAGAAAAGGAUGCUUAUCAGGCACCGAAUCAUUCAUGUUGAGAGUGAUAAUGUAGAGAAAGGAAGAGUUUUGUUCAAGUUCAUCAGAGCUUUCUUGGUGAUUUCUUUUGCAGUUCUUAUGUUCGAGAUAAUGGCUCACAGUAAUGGUUGGCAUUUUCAAAGGCCUAAUUUGCAUUUACCUCAAAGUAUUGAAAUCAAAGGAUGGUUGCAUUCUCUCUAUCUUUCAUGGCUUUUGUUCAGAGCACACUACAUUGCUUAUCCAAUUCAGUUGUUGUCGAGCUUCUGCGUUGUUCUGUUUGCCGCCCAGUCUUUGGAUCGGUUAGUCUUGUGUUUCGGUUGUCUUUGGAUCAAGUUGAAAAAGAUUAAGCCGGAGAUUAUUGAUAGUGAUUCAUUGAAAUGUGUCGAUGUUGAGGAGGGAUCGAAUUGUGAGUUCCCUAUGGUUCUUGUUCAAAUUCCAAUGUGCAAUGAGAGAGAGGUGUACGAGCAGUCGAUAUCAGCCGUUUGUGAGAUUGAUUGGCCGAAGGAUCGGUUGUUGAUUCAGGUUCUUGAUGAUUCAGACGACGAGGAUAUCAAAUUUCUGAUUGAAACUGAGGUUUCAAAGUGGAGCCAGCAAGGCAUCAACAUUGUUUAUCGGCACCGAUUGACAAGAACUGGCUAUAAAGCAGGGAAUCUCAACUCAGCCAUGAGCUGUGAUUACAUAAAAAACUAUGAAUUUGUUGCCAUUUUCGAUGCUGAUUUCCAACCAAAUCCUGAUUUUCUCAAGCAAACAAUCCCACACUUCAAGGGAAAUCCUGAACUUGGAUUAGUACAAGCUCGAUGGGAGUUUGUAAACAAGGACGAGAACUUACUGACUCGUCUGCAAAACAUCAACCUUUGCUUCCAUUUUGAGGUGGAGCAGCAGGUAAAUGGUGUAUUCUUGAACUUCUUCGGUUUCAAUGGCACAGCCGGUGUUUGGAGAAUCAAAGCAUUGGAGGAAUCCGGAGGCUGGCUCGAGAGAACGACCGUCGAGGAUAUGGAUAUUGCAGUCAGAGCACAUCUCAAUGGUUGGAAGUUCAUCUUCCUUAAUGACGUUAAAGUACUAUGUGAACUCCCAGAAUCCUAUGAAGCUUAUCGAAAGCAACAACACCGAUGGCAUUCGGGACCAAUGCACCUCUUCCGAUUAUGUCUUCCGGCUAUAAUAACUUCCAAGAUAUCGAUAUGGAAGAAGGCGAACUUGAUCUUCUUAUUCUUCCUGUUGAGAAAGCUCAUCCUUCCAUUCUAUUCAUUCACAUUGUUCUGCAUUAUACUUCCGUUGACUAUGUUUGUGCCCGAAGCCGAAUUACCCGUUUGGGUGAUAUGUUACAUUCCGGUCUUCAUGUCGUUUCUCAACAUUCUUCCGGCGAUGAAGUCCUUCCCCUUCAUUGUGCCUUACCUUCUCUUCGAAAACACAAUGUCAGUGACAAAGUUCAAUGCCAUGGUUUCCGGUCUAUUCAAGCUCGGAAGUUCAUACGAAUGGAUUGUAACCAAGAAAGCGGGUAGAUCAUCGGAAUCCGACUUACUGGCAAUACCCGAAAAUGACUCGAAGAAGUUGAAAGAACACCGAGAAGUAAUAACUCAAUCAGUUAAAAAGGCGAACAAAAUCUACAAAAAGGAACUAGCACUUGCGCUUCUUCUACUCACGGCCGCGGCCCGGAGUCUGUUAUCGGCGCAAGGCAUUCAUUUCUACUUCCUCCUUUUCCAAGGAGUGUCGUUUCUUCUCGUCGGGCUCGACCUCAUCGGAGAGCAAAUGAACUGAAAUGUGAAAUCCAAACACAAGAUAUGCAAAUGUUGUUGAUAUCUAUGGAUUGAAAAUUGAAUACUUGUUCCUCAGAAUCUUCAAAUUGAAUUAUUAUCAGUUUUGAAGGUUGAGAGAGAUUGAAAGUGGAAUUUAUGUGACAAUACUUUUGUAUAAAUAUGGAUUGAUUUCAAACUAUUUUAUGAAGUGUUAUUGAAAAAGAUGAUU